AUGUCUUCUCAAACCUGGCUCAUCACUGGUGCCUCCUCUGGACUAGGAGCAGCGAUCGCCGAGUCAGCCCUACGCGCUGGAAACCAGGUUCUUGCAGCAGCCCGGAACCCAGAGAAAGCCGCAUUUGAAAACCCGCAAAUCACAGAGUUAGGAGGCGUCUGGGUCAGACUAGAUGUGACACAGACCGAUACAGUCCGCCACGUGGAAGAGAUUGUCCGUGAAAACGGUGGCUCAUCAAUUGAUGUGGUGGUCAAUAAUGCGGGUUACUCCCUUUUAGGCAGCAUUGAAGACAUGAGCGAGGCGGAGAUUGAGGCACAGUUCAGCACGAACUUGUACGGACCGAUUCGCGUCUUGAAAGGUGUUUUGCCAUUUAUGCGUGCACAGAGGUCUGGCAUUGUCGUCAAUGUUAGUAGUAGUGCUGGAUUCCAGGCGUUUCCGGGCUGUGCCAUGUACGCUGGGUCAAAGUUUGCUCUUGAGGGUGUGUCAGAAAGUCUGGCAGCAGAGUUGCGGCCCUUUGGAAUCCGCGUGCUGAUCGUAGAGCCUGGCAUUUUCCGGACUAAAUUCUUGUCGGCAUUCGUCACACCUGCGGCUGGGAUGACGGCGGACUAUGUGGGAACACCGGUGGACGAUAUGAUUCGCGCAUUCAGGUCGAGUAAUGGAAGCCAGCAAGGCGAUCCUGUCAAGGCCGCAGCAAGGAUCUUGGAGGUUGUUAGUGGAACGGACAUGGGGGUCGGGAAAGAGAAUCUGCUUCGAUUGCCGCUUGGGCCAGAUUGUUACAGUUGCUUCCAGGCGAAGUGUGAGUCUCUGCAGGAGAACUUGGAGCAGAUGGAGGAGAUUGCAUGUUCGACCAAUUAUUGA